AAGUUUUUUAAUUCGGGAUUUUUAUUAAAUCCGAGUUUAGAUAACCAAUUUAAAAUAUGUAUCUCUCUAUAGGUAUAGACAUGCAUAUCUAAAUAUAUGUAGUGUUCAAGCAUUUUAUACAUUCAUUUUCACUUAUUUAUGCUCGAGUAUAUGAAACGUGCACGUCCCAACCUCAAAAGCAGCUGAUACAGGGAUAAAAGCACUAUUAAUUCUCCUGAUGAUGAAACUAAUCAUCAAUCAAAGGAUAUUGUAUAAAACAGAAUCAUAAUAUGCUGACGGCUUAUUAAUUAUUGAUAAAUUUUUUAUUUCGAUUAUAUACGAUUAUACUUUAUUUUGAAAAAUACGAAAAUGGAAAGUUUACACGUAACUCAAGAAAUUUCAAAAAAAGAAGAUGAAAAAAUGUUCGACCCAAAUGAUAUAUUAAAAGAAUUGCAAUCAGAUAAAAAUAAUUAUGACGUUGAGAAAGUGAUAAACAAUGAACUAAAAAUUUUUCAGAAAUUAUUAAAUUUUCCAAUGAAAAUCACUAACUCCAACAAUUGGGAGCCGGUUGUAGUAAAAUUAAUCGCAUCAAUAGCUACAAAUAAUAAGAUACGGGAUACAAAAAUAUUACUUGCAUCACAAGUUUGCUUUACAAUCUUAAUCAAAACUAUUUCUGCUUCCGAAUUGAAAAAUAUUCUUGAAAAAUUAUUGAGUCUACAGAUUAAAAAAUUGUUUAUGUUUACUAAAGAGUUUACUAUUCAUGACUUGGAAUUAUUCAAACUUACGAUUAUUCAUGGAUAUUUUUUUGUUAUUAAUCGUAAUUCUCCACUCUUUUUUGAUAUUUGUACAAAUUCAUUUGCAAUAAUACAGAGAAAUUGUUUAGUAUAUUCAAAAUACAAUUAUUUUGCUUUUUAUAUAUUGAAAAUCUGGCUAGAGAAAACGAAGGAAAUUACAUUUUGGCAACAUAAUCAUCCAUCAAUUGAAAAAGAUUUAGAAAUAAUCAUUUUUUCAAGUUGGGAUCAUAGUAUUAGUGAAAUCGCUAAAAUAAAUGCCUUAAAAAUAUUUCCACUUUAUUUGACUAUAAUGAAAAAUAAAUAUCCAGGAUUUCUAGAAUACUCAUUUCAAAUUUGUAAAAAAAAUUUAUCAUGGCAAAGUACGACAAAGUUUACUAUUUUAUCCGAAAUUUGUAAUUUAUGGACCGGCUGCCCCGAUUUCCAUCAUUUAGAGCUAAAAAUCAUUAUUAAGAGUCUUGAGAAGCAUGAUUUGAAACAUGUAUCAACAAAAUUAUAUCUUGCACUUAUUAAUAAAAUAAGUGAAAAUAAAUGGAUUGAAUUAAUUAUAGAUGAGCUGUGUAUCAUUGCAGAAAUAUGGGAAAGAGAAAAUUAUAUAACUCCUUUAAAAAUUUUAUGGGAAUUUUGGAUGAGACCAACGUUGCAUAGAUUCAAUAGCAUUAUAAUACCAUUACUGUGGGCCCGUUUUUGUGCUAAGAAUAUGAUUGUAUGUCAAUCGUAUUUAGCUCGAAAAGCUGGUGAAUUAGGACGAUCAUGGGCGGAAUUAAAUUCAGAAAAUCUGAAAAUUAAUUCUGAAAACCAAUUUAAUACCGUACAGUGGAUUCGCAGUGAAUUUAAUCCUAUUCCUCCAAUUAUAAAUGAUCAACGAGAUUGUGUGAAACUAAAUAUUUUUGCCAUUCAGUGUCAUAAAAAUAAUAGCUACGGAGAUAUAAAUAGCUAUGAAUUGAUAAAACAUUUUUUAUACUUUAAUAUUAAUACAUGUUCAGUUUUAUUGAGAAAAGGAAUAUUCGAUAGUUUCGAAACUCUUCUUCGAAAUACUUUACAAUCGCUGAGCCAAGAAGAUAUCAAUUUUGUUGUAUGGUUAGAUUAUUUAAUUUUAGACUGUUUUGAACCUGGAUCUUGUUAUCAAAGAAAAAUAAUGGGGUUAAAGCUAUAUGGAAUCAUCCUGAAAAGUAUAAGAAAACUAAGCGACAAUUUACUGACACAACAAAUGCAUAACAUCAUUCAAUCUCAUCAUAACAAGUAUCAUUUAUUUAUACUUUUUAAAUUAUGUCUUGAUCCUAUUGACGAAAUAAGGAACGUAUCAUCAAACAUUAUUGAUAAUUAUUUUGAUUUGAGCGUUUUAACAAUUGAUGAAAUUGAUAUGUUGCUGAAAAAAUCAGAAGCUAUGAAAAUUUCAUCAAAGUUUUACGAACUUUGUGGAGGUGUGAAGCUUUUGAUUUUAAUAACGAAGAUUCCUCAAAAGCAAAAUCCAUUCUAUCACAACAAUAAUUUUAUCUUAUAUGAUAAACUGUUUGAAAGUGCUAAUCUAAGUCUUUAUUCUAUUAAAAAUGAUCUUUUAAAAGGCUUAAUUCAAGGAUCUGAUUUUAAUGGAUCGCUAAUGGCUAUCAAAGAAUUAUUUGGCAACUCAAAUAUUUUAAAUGUUUCCGAUAUUUAUUUGGAAAAGUUGAUAAAUCUUUUGGAAGAGUCUGCAGAAUUUUUUAUUUCAGCAUUGUCACCGAAAUCAUCUAAAGUUCAUUACUCUGCAUCAUUUGCAGAAAUAGGAAUAGCAAUAGAUGAAACAAUUAAAAAUAGUGAUAUUAACGACGAGUUUGAUAACCAGUUGCUUUCGCCAGCACAUCAAAUUAUUAUAUCAAAUAUUUGGAUGGCAUUAAAAAAUAUUUGUGAGCUAGCAGCGAAUUUUUCUAUUAAAGUUAAAAAUUUUGAUUACGUUAAGCGCUCACUGGAAUUGAUUAUUUCUGUUUUACUAAAGUGUCGUCAUAAAGGAGCAAUUGAAGCUGCUGGGUGCGCUUUAGGAAUGGCAGUACAAUCAUUAUCUCGGUUUGAAAAAUACACUUGUUUGUUUGACUCAUAUUUAAAUAAAUUAUUAAAUUUAGAUAAUGAUGACAAGAUUAAUUUAACACGACGUGGUGCAGGAUUAUCUAUCAUGUUUCAUAAAAUGGUAGUAAAUUAUAAUAAAGCUACUCGAAGACUUUUACACGUUGCUGUUUGUAAAAUAUUAGAAUCACUAAUUGAUCCAAAUAACAAGUAUAAUAAUGACUCAAAUUCAAAUCAAGAUUCUCCUUCUGCUCGAUUACUUCAUUUUUUACGUUCAAUAGUUGUUGACAAAUCAUUACACGUUGAUUUAGUUCCUUAUAUAGAAACAAUAUCAUUGAUUUGUUUUCAACAUCUACAAUCAUCGGAGUGGGCUAUUAGAAAUGCAAGCCUUCAACUUUUAGGAGCAGUAAUACCUCGAUUAGUAGGUCAAUGUAGUGAUAAUGAACUAAGUUUCGGAACUGGUUACUCUGUGAACCAUUUCGUAACUCAUUAUCCAAAGUUGUCAGAAUUUGUUUUAGAACAGCUCAAGAAUAAUUCUACUUUUAACUUUGAUGGUACAAUUGUUCCUAUUCUUACAUUACUAUCACGGAUGUCUGUUGGUGGUUGCCAAUUCACUGACUAUUCUUCACAUAAAUACAUCAAUGAAUUCAAAAAAUUUCUUCGAAUACUUUUUGGUCAUCCAGUUGAAAACGUCCGAUACUUAGCAGCUAAAUCAUAUGCAGCUUUAAUACCGAAUCAAAAAAUUUACAGUGAAUUACUUGACAUAAAAAUGGAAACUCUUGUAAGUAAAAGUAGAAAUUUUCUUCAUGGACAUCUGUUAGCUCAAAUUUGUUUACAACAAUCUGGGACUUAUACGGUCAUUGAUGUGGAAAAUUUUUCUAAUAAUUUACAUGCAAAAAAAAUUAUUAAAAAAUGCAGUGAUCUUCAAAUCAAAAGAGUAGAUUCGAUGAUUGAUUAUUGGACAAAUACUGAAGAAAUGUGUAAAAAACCUCUCUGUAACAUUAUUGAAACGACAUUUUUACAGAAUUUAAAUAUAUUAUCAAUACAGUAUACUGAUAAAUUGAGUGUCGAAAUUGUAUUGAAAAGCUUUAAUAAAAUUUUAAAAAGUAAAAAAAAUAAAAACCAUAUCGGUGAGCCAGAAAUAAUAAAUUAUUUGUUUAAACUGAUUUUCUCGGUAAUCAAACUUGAAAAUAUCGAUUAUCUUUCCAAAUAUAUCGACCAAACGUACAUUUCUCAAAUUAUUUCAACAGAUAAUGAAGAUAUUAUACAUUAUUUUGUAAAACACUUGCGUCAUGCACUCAAAACGCAAAAACUACGUUUAAAAAAUUUUAAUAAAUCAGAUUUUAUAGACAAACGUUCACAUUUGUUUGAAGCAUUAUUAUCAUACGACUAUUUAAAUAAUCAUGUAUUCAUUGAUUUAGUCAAACUUAUUGUUGAAAUUAUGAAAUAUGAUGGAAAAAAUAGAAACUUAUAUCUUUGUGAAUCAAAUAAUAGCAUUGCUUAUAAAAUAUUUGAAUUAUCAAAAAAACUUUUAAUAAAUAAUAGAAAUAAAAAAGUAAAUCAAUUAGCACACACAUUGAUUGUUUUAUGUAUACAGCACUAUCAUGUAAAAAAUGAAAACAAUUUGGAUCGUUUUUAUGAAAUUCAAAAAAAUCUUAUUGAUAACAUAGUCGACGUAGUCCAUGGUGAUGAUAAAGAAGACAAAAUGUGGGCAAUUGAAUUUUUAUUUGAUUUACCUUUAUUUCAUUUUGAUCAUUUUUCUCAAACUUAUAUAAUAGAAUCGUUAAUUUCAUUAUUGUGCGAUGAAACCAAUGAAAUUCGUAUAAUGGUGGCAGAAAAAUUUCGAAAUUCUGCGUGGUCAACACAAUGGGACAAUAUUAAUCAAUGCUGGUUUAUAGUUUUAAUCGAGUCCGACGAUUUAAUAAAUAAUAGUGAUAAUAAUUUACAUGAUAGAAAAAAUUUCAUCACAAGAGAACUAAAAAGUCCUGAAAUACAUCUUUAUGAAUUAAUUUGUGUACUUGGAUCAUUUAUGUAUCAUAAAUGUAAUAAUCAAGAUGAAUCAUUACAAAUAAUACCAAACGUAAUAGAUAAUUGUAAUAUGAAGUGUAUAUUGAAUACUAUUGAGUAUUUUAUUAAAAGUAUCGAAAAUUCGAUAGUCACUAAAAGUUCUUUGGAAAGUCCUUUUGAUCAUCAUGAAAUAUAUCGCGAAGACAUUAAAAUUUUUCACAUCUUUUUUAAUUGUAUGGCAUCACAAUCAUUCAAGAAACAUGUGUACAAAAAGAAGCAAUACAUUUAUGAAUUAGAUGAAACUGGAUCCAGUUAUUUAGAAUCGUAUAUUUUAAUUUUAACUGAAUUAGAAAAUAAUCAUGUUAAUAAGCUUUCUAUUGUUCUUGAUAUAAAAAGUAAAGAUUACUUAAAACAUCAAAAAACGCAAUUAUAUAGAUUUUUGGAACAUAUUAAAAUACAUUAAGUUUUAGAUAGAUAAAGAAAGGGAUUUAUGGAAAUAAAACAAUGUUUUUUUUUUUUAUUUGAAUUCGAAUUAUUACUUAUUUUCACUCGCCCACAAUCUACCAUUUGGCAAACAUUAAAAUUAAUUCUUAUCACUUAUCC